CGCGGUAUUGAUAUAAAUCCCCAGCUACGUGCAUCACAAUAUCGACACACGAGUUCUUCUUCCUUUCUCAAUUCUGUACGAUUUGUUUAAUUUUUUCCAUAAAUCGAAGUUUAUUAGUCCAAUUUCAUUGAGACGAAAUCAUCGAUCGAUCCAGAAGUUUGACUUUCGUGUUCCCAAUCCACAGCGAAGGAUCGAUUCAUCAAAAGAUUUGUCUGAAAUUGUAUAUUUCUUUUGUAAUUUCAUGUUUUGGCUUAUGGUUUGUGAGCCAACACGGACGAAUACGAGUUGAAGAUCAUUUAGAAGAUCUGGGUCUUUUUGAAAGAGACCUAGUUCUAGGGAUUUUGAGCGAUUGGAUCUGAUUUUUGCUGGAAUCGAUCGAGAAUGGGAGUAGAUUAUUACAACAUAUUGAAGGUGAACAGGAACGCCAAUGACGAUGAUCUCAAGAAGGCGUAUAGAAGAUUGGCUAUGAAAUGGCACCCUGAUAAAAACCCCAACAACAAGAAAGAAGCUGAAACCAAAUUCAAGCAGAUCUCCGAGGCUUAUGAGGUAUUGAGCGACCCCCAGAAGAAGGCUAUUUAUGAUCAAUAUGGUGAAGAAGGAUUGAAAGAUAUGCCACCACCAGGCAGUGGAAGCUUCCCAUUUGGAAAUGGUGGUGGUGGCGGCGGGUCAAGCGGGUUUAAUCCAAGGAAUGCAGAGGAUAUUUUUGCAGAAUUUUUUGGGAGCAGCCCUUUUGGGUUUGGUUCAUCAGGACCGGGGAAGUCUAUGAGGUACCAGUCAGAGGGAGUUUUUGGAGGAUUUGGUGGAAGUGAAAACAUUUUCAGAACAUACAGUGAAAGUGUAACACCAAAGAAACCUCCACCAGUUGAGAGCAAAUUGCCCUGCACUCUUGAGGAGCUGUAUUCAGGAUCAACAAGGAAAAUGAAGAUUUCAAGAACCGUAGUUGAUGCAAACGGACGACAACUCCCCGAGACGGAGAUAUUGACCAUCGAUGUGAAGCCCGGUUGGAAGAAAGGAACCAAAAUCACCUUCCCAGAUAAAGGAAACGAACAACCAAACCAACUACCUGCAGAUCUAGUAUUUGUUAUUGAUGAGAAGCCCCAUGAUGUUUUCAAAAGAGAUGGCAAUGAUAUCAUCAUGAACCAUAGGGUAACAUUAGCAGAGGCAUUGGGUGGAACUACUAUAAAUCUUACCACGCUUGAUGGUCGUAACCUGUCUAUACCCGUAAUAGACAUUGUUAGCCCGGGCUACGAGCUCGUGAUAGCCAGAGAGGGAAUGCCAAUUGUAAGAGAGCCCGGUAACCGAGGUGAUUUAAAGAUCAAAUUCGAUGUGAAAUUCCCAACAAGAUUAACCCCCGAGCAACGAGCAGGACUCAAACGUGCUUUGGGAGGUUGAUGAAGAAGAUAUUGGUGAUAUUUGGUCUACUACCAAAGGUGAAAGCUAUAUACGUAGGGUCAAUAAAACCAUAUGCCCUCAUAUAUCUAGGUGUCCACUCUUGUAACUUAUCCAUAAUUGUUCUUUCAUUUGUAAGCUGUAACAUUUUGUUUUUCCAGUUAGUUUUGUAUUUAUUGUCUAAUAAUUUUCACA